AUGUACCCCACCAGUAUAGACAAAGCUGGAAAUCCAAUACCAGGAUCACUCACCUCAACACAAUACCUACUAACAGCCUACAACAACACAAAGAUAAACUGUUAUGGCACCACAAAUAUUAGGUGCAAAUACAAGAACUCUCCAUGGCUGGAUACCCAAUUCUACGUGGUUGAUGUUCCAGGAGCAGCCAUAUUGGGCCUGCCAACAUCAGUAGCACUUAAAGUAGUGACAAUGAACUGUGCUAUCUCAGUCCAGCACCUACCCAUCAACAGUAUAGCUGACCUAAUACGCCUCUACCAUGACAGAUUCGACCGUAUUGUUGAAUUUCGGAGGACUCACAAGCUUGCUGUUAACCUCAAUGUGCCAUGUCACAUAGACCCACCGAGAAGGAAACCUAUAGCCAUGCGCGAAAAAAUCAAAGCUGAGCUCGACAAGAUGGAAUCACAAGGAGUCAUUCGUCGUAUUGAAGAACCUACAAACUGGGUAAGCUCUCUUACAUAUGUCACCAAACGUGACAACACAAUAAGAGUCUGCCUAGACCCACGAGCAUUAAACAAAGCUCUCAUACGGCCAUACCACCAGAUUCCGACUGUCGAAGAGCUCAACCAUCGUUUUGCAGAAGCAAAAUUCUUCUCAAAAUUGGAUGCUUAG